AUGGAUGAAAAAGUGUUUACUUUCAGAGAGAAGUUAGUUAUUUGCUUCUAUGAGUUUUUGGGGACUGGCAUGCUUGUGCUCGGAUAUAACUUCACCCAAGCAGGUUUGGCUGUAGGGUUCAACUUGUUCGUGGGAAUCCUGAUGUCAGCCAAGGUUUCUGGAGGAAUGUUUAAUCCCGCUGUUACUAUUGGAGUCUACACUGCCGAUAAAACUUUCUUGAAAAACAUCGUCUUAAUCGUAAUGAUCAUUGUUUCUCAAGUGCUAGGAGCUUACUUUGGUAUUAUUUAUGCACAUUUCUGUUUGGGACAACCAGCAUUUUUAUGUCCAUACGACCAGGCAACUGGAUGUUUGACUUACGACUCAUUUGGUAAAGUGUUCUUACUUGAGUUCUGGUGCACCUUCUUCUUCGUUAUGGUUAUUUUAUGCUGUAUUCAUCAAAACACACAAGAAAGCAAGGAUGGUAUCUUAUAGGCAGCCUCAAUCUCAUUCACAUUACUCGCUAUGAUCAACACUGCUGGUGCCAUCAGUGGAGGAUGCUUCAAUCCUGCCUUUGGAUUUUCCCAAACAACUUAUCAGGUUAUGUAUAUGAAGAGUCAAGGUGUAGAGGAGGCAGGUAGAUAUGCUAGAUAUCUAUGGGUCUAUAUACUUGCCCCCACUCUAGGAGGACUUGCCAGCUCUCUAUUUAUGAGAUACAUUCAUAUUCCAAACCUCCACAAAUGA